AGAAAUGCGUCGGUGAUGGUUAACCGUAGGUUUAAUGUUAAUGUUUCAAUGUCUCUACGCAAAAGCCACAUAGAAGAGAGAGAAACUAACGACCGCUUUGCUUCCUCUCUCUCUUUCUAUUUCUAUAUAUGUGUAUGCGUCACACACCCCAAUUUUGACACAACACAACAACAAGAGGAACAAGAAGAAGAAGAAAGGAAAGACAGGGCAGAGCUGCAGCCACCACCACCCAUGGCUGAAUCCGUUUCAGUGGACAUGGAGAUGAUCUUUCUCGGCGGAAAGGAGCAUCAUAUUCAAACGGGCUGCGGUUCUGUAUCUGUCAUAGUCUAUGGGGAUCCAAUGAAACCAGCUCUGAUCACUUACCCAGAUAUAGCGCUAAAUUAUGUGUCAUGUUUCCAAGGAUUAUUUUUCUGUCCAGAGGCAGCUUCUUUGCUACUUCACAACUUUUGCAUAUAUCAUAUCAGUCCUCCUGGACAUGAGUUGGGAGCUGCAACAAUUUGUUCUGAUGAUCCGGAGCCUUCUGCUGAAGACUUGGCAGAUCAAAUAAUUGAAAUUCUCAACUAUUUUCGGCUUGGUGCAGUGAUGUGUAUGGGAGUAUCGGCUGGUGCAUAUAUCCUUUCGCUCUUUGCAACAAAAUAUAGGGAGCGUGUUCUUGGUUUAAUACUUGUAUCUCCCUUGUGCAAAGCUCCUUCUUGGACUGAAUGGUUUUAUAACAAGGUCAUGUCAAAUUUGCUAGAUUUCUAUGGUGUGUGUGGCUUGCUGAAGGAGUGUUUGCUCCAGCGGUACUUCAGCAAGGAAGUUCGCGGUGAUGCUGAAUUUCCAGAAUCAGAGAUAGUUCAGGCCUGCAGAACACUACUAGAUGAGAGAAAGAGCAUCAAUGUCUUACGGUAUCUUCAUGCUAUCAAUGAGAGACCUGAUAUAACAGAUAGAUUGAAGAGACUAAAAUGUCGUACACUUAUUUUUGUUGGGGACAGUUCCCCUUUCCAUUCCGAGGCUCUUCAUAUGACUUCAAAACUUGACAGGAGAUAUACUGCCUUGGUUGAGGUCCAGGGUUGUGGAUCAAUGGUUACAGAGGAACAGCCACUUGCAAUGCUGGUACCUAUGGAGUACUUUCUAAUGGGGUAUGGGUUGUAUAGGCCAUGCCAUUUAAGUGGCAGCCCAAGGAGCCCUCUUAGCCCAUCUUGCAUUUCUCCUGAGCUUCUUUCUCCAGAAAGCAUGGGAUUGAAGCUAAAGCCUAUAAAGACACGUGUUUCGCGGCAAGUUCGAUGAGGGGCAGUCAGACAUUUACAUAUGUAAUUUAAAGCAGCCUUUCUUCUUCUAUCUGAUUUUUCUAAUUUUUUGAUGAACUGAGAUGAAUAGAGAGGAGAUGGCGGGUUGUAGAUAGAAAGUGGAGUUGAGAAUUCGUGGUAUGGAAAGAUAGGUAUAUUUGUGUUCAUUCUUUUGUUGUCAGUCAUAAAGGAAUCACUGAGUUGUAUAUGUACAUUACAUAUGGACUCCAAACUUAUUUAUGGUGACGAGCAAUCAAUAAUUCAGAGUCUCCUUGAUUUUUUACA